AACGGAAACGAAAAACCUUGAAGAACUGUCGUCUUGUUUCAACUAGCUAAAUGCAUACAGUUGGCCCAACUGUAAAAAAUGUUUUUGAAAGAACUGGCACAGUUGUCAUACAGGACAUUUUGCAAUAGCUGACAAGCAUGUUCAUGCUCUCAACGUACUGGAAGUGGUGCAUGAUUGCUAAGGCUGCUAAGCUAAUUCUUAUCACAUUUCGUCUUUCUCUUUGGCCGUGAAAAACAUCGGAAGAUGGUGCACAGCCUCCGAAUUCAACAGUUGUGAAUCUCGCUGUUUGAUGUCAUUCGUACCAAUCUGGUUCGUUCAUUCGAAACAGAAAUAUGAGGCUGAAAUCUGUACAGAGAUUGGGCUUUAACAAAGGCACAUAAGACUUACAAUUCUGACCGUGUACGUCUGUUAUCUUCACGUUUCCUUGUUUUUGGAGAAUCCAGCCAUGUCUUUGGGUGCCAGCGAUUUCCUCACGGAUGAAGAGCUAGAGGAGUUGGGUGAGGAUGGCCACUCCCACAUCACCUAUACCUCCGAUUCAGACAAGAAAGUACGAAAAAAGAAGACAUUGAGCAAACCCCCACUCUCGCCCAGGUCACCAUACUUGACCAGUGCCAGCCUGAACCCCAGGAGGUCUGUAGCCUCUACUUGGAGAACAGCCCUGAGCCAGUCCCCGAUGAAGAUGAAGGGGGACUACGAGCUGAUGCCCCAGAGCAGGACGGCGGUGUGCGCCAGCAGCAGCACCCCGGAGUACCUGAAGGAGGCCUUCGGCAUGAGGAGGCCCAAGCACUCGCGCUCCACCACCAACGGUUACGUCCCUGGCACUCCGGAUUAUAAGGAGAAGGAGGAGAUGUAUGAUGAGAUCCUUGAGCUCAAGAAGACCCUGCAGGCUCAGAAGGCGGACGGUGAUCGCAUGAAAGCCAAACUGCGUCGCCUGGAGGAAGAUAAUAUCAAGAAGGAGAAACAGAUCGAACAGCUCCUGGAUCCCACCAGAGGUCCCGAGUACACAAGGAGUCUGGUGGACAAGAAGACAGACGGUAAAUCGGUGGUGCAUGGCCUGAAGCAGAAGGUGCUGAGAUUGGAGCAGCAGUGCAGAGAGAAGGAGACGGCGCUGAGUAAGCUUCAGAGUGAUUUAAGAACAACAAACAUGGAGGAGAUGAAGAUCACCAUGGAAACAUACUACGAGGAGGUCCAGAGGCUCAGAGCAUUACUUGAAACUGUCGAGAAAAGUAAUAAGAUAGAGAGCGCGGAGAACCGGAGGCAGCAGAAGGUUCUGCGGGCGACAGCACUGAAAGUGACAAAGAGCGUUAAACAGCUGGAGGAGGAGAACGCCAGACUCAAAGAGGAGGCGGAACAGGAAGUCAGCAUCGUCACCGAAAGUCCCGCUAACCGCGCCAAAGGCUACCUGGACUGGAGCAAACAGAGACUGGUCAGGAGGCUGCUGGACAUGGAGAGGAGGUUGGAGGAGGUGAGAAAUCGGCACGCGGUGAAAGACUCCACGGCGACGAAGAGUGCGGAAGAUUCCCGUCUCAUUACCACGGCAACGAGACCUGAGGACGGCGCGGUCACGGGCACGUCGGCGCCAGAGCGGCGCGAGACGGUGUCCGUAUCCAUGGAGACGGACAGGAGCAGGAGCGGGAGCGCGGCGGGAGAUGGCGGCGGCGGCGGUGGCGGUGGUGUGGUCGUCGGGGAGCUGCGGCAGGAGUGCGUGCGUCUGAGGGGCGUGGCCAGGAGACUCCGGGAGGAGAGGAGCGCCCUGCAGGAGAGCCUCGCCAAGAGAGAUGAGGAGCUGAGAGGCGUGGCUAAAGAGAGGGAGGAGGCAGCCAAGGAAGCCGAGAGGAUGCUGAGGGAACGAACGGAAGAGCACGAAAACCAGGCUCAGCAGUCCAGAGAAGAGAUCCAAAACCUGUCUGCUAAAAUCAGAGACUUGCAGAACCAACUAGGAGAAGAAAAGAAACUAACACUGAUCCACGACGGUAAUCAGGUGCAGGAAGAUCCUUCAUCAGAGGGACCAUCGUCUUCAUCGGCAACAGCUGCUAAUGAUGAAGAGCGGAGCAGGAGGGAGCAGGCAGCGAAAGUCAUCCAGACACACUGGCACGCACAUCGAAUCAGGGAUAUUGUCUUAAUCCAGUCGGCGCUGAGAAGUCACCUCAGCAGACAGAAACAUCUACUCACCCUCAGGAAACAGACUAGCGCUACUGGCAGCAAUAACACGCAGAGCAACCAAUCGCAGGACGGACCCGGGGUUCGGCGUCCCAGUGCGAGCCGUGACGGUUUGGAGGAGGAGGAAGUGACACUGCUGCAGUCCGUGUUCCGGGGCCACCUGAGGCGCCACACUCACUUAGCUGACAGGGUGGCUGUAGAGAGAGCAGCAGGAGCAGUGGUAGCUGCAGUGAAGGGAACUCCUCCUCCUCCUCCUCUGUCAUCAUCAUCAUCACUACCACCACCAUCAUCAUCAUCAUCUGUGACUCCAGCUGCCGCAGCACCAUCAGUCAUGCACACUCCUCCAGCGGUCCAGCAUAGCUUCAGACCCCGGCCUGAAGGGAGUGAGGAUGAGGAGAUAGAGGAAGAGAUUGCUGAAGAAGAUGCUGACGACGAUGACUACAGUUCCCACAAUGCCUCAUUCAAACCACCGAAGAUCACAGUGGAGUCGGACCACAAACAAGCUGGAGGCAACUGUGACUCAGACGACUCUGAUGACAUCAUAGUGUCCCCCUCGCGUCCAAUGGGAAGGAGGAUGUCUCUUCUCUUCUGAUGGCGCAGCAUGGCACCCGGUGGAAUGACCCGCCUUCCGUGGUCUCCGGGGUUACUCCUGUGGUCUCCAGGGUUACUCCCGUGGUCUCCAGGGUUACUCCCGUGGUCUCCAGGGUUACUCCUGGAGAUUCCCUCAGCUGUGAGAAAGAAUGCACUUGACAAUGGCAUGGUCCUCAAAGGUCCCUCUCAAAAUGUGAUCCAGCAUUUGACUGUGCUUGUCCAGUCGGACUUAUACAGAUUGUCUGAAAUGGGUCUGAACUUGUGGACGGAGCAAUUAUACUGUGUGUGUCUGUGUGUGUGUGUGUGUGUGUGUGUGUGUGUGUGUGUGUGUGUGUGUGUGUGUGUGUGUGUGUGUGUGUGUGUGUGUGUGUGUGUGUGUGUGUGUGUGUGUGUGUGUGUGGGAGAAGGAGAGAAAGAGUGAGAGAGCCUUGGCUUUCACUGAGGUCUUAAGCUGUGAAGUUGAGAACUUCAGGUAGAGGGACAACCCCAUGUGAUACCUCUGCAGGCACUUCUGUCUCGUACGAGUGUGUGUGUGUGUGUGUGUGUGUGUGUGGGAUGCAGACUUGAGAUGUCAAUGUGGGUCCUAACUUUUGGUACUGGAACUUAUACACUCCUUUAGGGGUUAACAAAAUAUGAAUCACUCAUCAUGACCCUCAAGUGCCUUUUUUGUUAUAAACGAGCUGAAAAAAAAAAAAAACCUGUCAGAAUAAAGUUAUUUUAUAUAAACAACUUCUAAAUGAUGAGUAUGAUAAUGUGAAGCCAGAGGCGUCCCUGUCUGUCAUGACGUGGAGAAUAUUCUAGCGAUUCGCUGUUGAACCGAAAGGGAAGGUCCUCAGCAGGAGGUCACAUAGCUGAUAAAUUAGCUGUGGGCAUUUUCCACGACUUUGUCGUUGCUCAUAUUAGAAACAAUGUUGCGUGAGAGGGGGGCUUUUAGUGAAAAGGGUCGACCUCAAGAAUGCCAAAUUCUCAUUUCCAGAGCUUGGUCAAGGUCAAGAGGAAGGGUGUGUGUGUGUGUGUGUGUGUGUGUGUGUGUGUGUGUGUGUGUGUGUGUGUGUGUGUGUGUGUGUGUGUGUGUGUGUGUGUGUGUGUGUGUGUGUGUGUGUGUGUGUGUGUGUGUGUGUGUGUGUGUGUGUGUGUGUGUGUGUGUGUGUGUGUGUGUGUGUGUGUGUGUGUGUGUGUGUAUAAGAGAGAGAGAGUGUGUUUGUGAACAGGGAGGACUGGUUAUUGUUAGUGAGCUUGGAUUGGUUUAUGAGUGUCUGCUUGUCAUCGGGUGUGGAGGUUGACUGCAAUCAUGUAAUUUAAGGUAGCCUAUGUUGAAAUUGCCAAGUGGUGUGUGUGUGUGUGUCCAUUGAUAAUUAUGUGUGUUUUUCAUGGCCUCAGAGACAAAGCUGCAGUGUAGAUUCAUUCAAUGUCUGUUUGUUCUUGUCACUAAAUAAAGGAUUCAGGA